AUGAGCGACCAAUCUCUUGUUGGGCAGAUUGUGGAAAUAUGGUUUCUUUAUGUCAUUGGCGCCGUCAUGAUAGGUGCGCGCAUCUUCUGCCGCACUAAACUGGUCGGGUUCGCCAACUACCAGCUAGAUGACUACAUCAUUGUCGGUGUUGCAUGCAUGUGGACAGCGGCACCUGGCAUCGGCCAGGUCUUCGUCCAAGUCGCGGAAGGCCGACACACGUCCGAUCUCACAUACGAUGAGCGAAAGAACAUGAGCGAGGAGGAGAGGGCGAAAUGGACCUACGGCUCUCAGAUGUUUCUGUUCGGGCUCACCGGGUACUUCUUCAUCGUUUGGAUGCUCAAGUUCAACAUGCUUUGCUUCUACAGCCGUGUCGUCCGUCGGAUGUGGACCGAGAAAUUCGUCAAGCCGGCCAUGGCCAUCAUUAUUUUGUCUGGUGUCGUGAUUGUGUUGACAAUCGCGCUGACGUGUCGCCCAUUUCAGCACUAUUGGCAGGUCUGGCCAGACCCUGGACCCCAAUGCGUGCCUCAGAACUUGACGGUUUUCGUUGUCAUACUAAGCUUCAAUCUGUUCACGGAUGUCUGCAUCAUGCUCAUCCCUCUUCCGGUGCUCAUUGGGCUGAAGAUUAAACUUUGGAAGCGAAUUGGAGUGUACUUCCUUUUCGCAUUGGGUUUCUUCUGCAUGUUCGCGGCGAUUCUGCGGUUCGUCCUUAUAUUCAACUUAAACCAACGCGGUGUCUCCGCAAUGUGGUCACUGAGAGAAGAUUGCGUCGCCAUCUUUGUCGGGCAAGCGCCCCUCGUCACGCCUCUGCUCCGUCGCAAGUUCUGGGAAGAGGGCGGCUACGUCACCUCCAGAACUGGGAAGUCCACGAGCCGUAGCCGUAACGACGGCUAUCACCAACAUCGAGGAGACAAUGAACGAUCAGGAACCCAUGUCAGCGCUGGCAAGCCAAGUGAGCUCUACCCGAUGACUACGAUAGGGGGAUCUGAGAGCCAAGAGGAGAUAGUUGGCAAGAAUCUUCCGCCGGUGCCAUCCGGGAGGCCCGUGAACGGAAUUACCGUCCACUCGAGCAUUGAGAUAGAAGAAGGGCCGCGCCAGGCACAGUUCGACAGAGAUACAAGGUGGUAA